GCCGUUGCUGCAGAACUCGCCAUGACGUUGCUGGACCAACUUCCCACCUCCGCCAUCGUCGAGAUCGUCGAGCGCCUGAGCCCGCGACUCUACAUCGACUUCAUCCGACACCUCCCCGCCGAAAUCUGCCUCAAGAUCCUGGGCUACCUCGACCCCGUCUCCCUCGUCAGCGUGCUGCAGACCUGCCGAGCGUGGUACGACCUCGCCGUGGAUCGCAAACUAUGGGAGCGGCUAUACUAUCUUGAAGGCUGGAAGGCCGUGCAGACCGAGAUCGAUGCGUGGGAGGUCAGGGUCAACACGGGCGUCAGCAACUCGAUAGGGCAUCUGCAUAGGAUGCAGACGUCGGACCAUCACCCAAACAAGAUCCGGGCCAUACUCAACAACGACGAUGAUGACGAGGACAUGGAGAUGAUAGAUCAGGACAGGCUUCCCAGCAUCGUCGACAGCAGCGCCGCGUCCAGCAUCUUUGGAACCCCCAACGCGCUGCAGUCGCCGAGACAGAUGCUGCCUUCUCUGGGAGACAUGCACUUGGACAGCUUCACAUCGGCCAAGGGCAAGGCUGUGGAUUGGAGCCACGGGCCGUCGUCGUCCUCCGCGUCGGAGAGCAGGGCCAAGCGCAAGGAGCCCGGCGGCACCCCCGAGAUGUCGCUGCCAUCCAUCGAGGCGGGCGACACCACGGCGUCCAUGAUCAAGUCGACGCUCUGGACGUGGGACAUCAACAGCUCGCGAUAUCGCAUCAACUGGAAGUAUCUCUACAACAUGAGACGACGGCUCGAGUCCAACUGGGAGCUGGGCAAGUAUAAGACGUUUGUGCUGCCGCAUCCCAGCUAUCCCGAGGAGGGCCACCAGGAAUGCGUCUACACGCUGCAGUUUGACGCAAACUACCUCGUCAGCGGCAGCCGGGACCGCACCAUGAGAAUCUGGAACAUGCACACGCGCCGCUUGGUCCGCCCACCGCUGACGGGUCAUGCGGGAUCCGUCCUGUGCCUCCAGUUCGACGCUGAUCCGGCCGAGGACAUUCUGGUCUCGGGCAGCAGCGACUCCAACGUCUUCAUCUGGAAGUUCUCCACGGGAGAGCUGGUGCAGCGCAUUACAAACGCCCACCGCGAGUCCGUCCUUAACGUCCGCUUCGACAAGCGCGUCCUUGUCACGUCUUCCAAGGACAAGACCAUCAAGAUCUUCAACCGCCGGCCGCUGCGAUACGGCGACUUGGGCUACGGCCCCGUGGAUGCAGCCGUCAACCCCGUCGGUCUGAGCGUCAAGCCUUAUGGUUACGAGCCUGAUCUCUCCCAGGAGCUGCCCGUCAAGCCCCCCUACACUGUCAUUGGCAAAUUGGAGGGACACGGCGCUGCCGUCAACGCCAUCCAGAUUCGGGGCAACACCAUCGUGUCCGUCUCUGGCGAUCGCCACAUCAAGGUAUGGAACUGGCCAGAACAGGUCUGCACGCAAACCAUCCCUGCGCACGAAAAGGGCAUUGCCUGCGUCGAGUUUGACGAGCGCCGAAUUGUCAGCGGUAGUAGUGACUACGAGGUCUGCAUCUUCGACGCGCCGACCGGCCUCAAGGUGGCCUCUCUCCGGGGCCACGCCCAUCUCGUGCGAACGGUGCAGGCUGGCUUUGGCGAUUUGCCGUACAGCAAGGAGGAGGACGCAGCAGAGGCCAAGCGCGUGGACGCCGAGUACUUUAGAGCCGUCGAGGCGGGCGAGAUUGACCACGAGGGCGACCGAAGGCUCCGUCGCUCAAGGAGAGUGAACGCGGGAAGCUCUCGGCCGGCCGAUGUCCAGGCCACGGGUGCCAAGGUCCCGCCGGGAGGAGGCGGCGGCCGCAAGUAUGGGCGCAUCGUGUCCGGCUCGUAUGACCAGAGCAUCAUCAUCUGGCGCCGCGACAAGGAGGGCGUGUGGAAGCCGGCUCAUCACCUGCGCCAGGAAGAGGCGGCCGAGGCGGCACACCGACAAGCCGCCCUGACCAACAGCCAGCGGCAGGGCACCCAGCUCGCCUCGGCGGCCAUUGCUGUGUCGGCCGUGCAUCCCGGGGCGCCGCAGGGCAUGCAGUCGUCGCCGAUCAGAGACCCCAGUAGCGAGAAUAGCCAGAUGGCGCGCAUCUACAUGGCCAUGAUCGACUCGGUUGUGCCCGUUGGCGUUGCGGCCCUGAGACAGGCGUUGGCGAACCACCCGUCGAUGCUUAUCUACCACAGUUACCUGCAGGCCGCGAUCGAGCGGGAGCCGUCGCCGUUUGUCCGAGCACACCUCAGACAGGUGGUGGCGGAUGGCCUGAUUGCGAUCCAGAACAAUCAGUCAGCUAGACAACGGCUCAUUGCUCGCGGCAAUUCCCACAUCCAGGGCCCUGUCGCCGCAGCGCCUCACCUGCUGCCUGGAUACGCGGGCGGUGCAAUGGCAGGCUCCUCCUCCGCAGCGGCGGCGGCCGACGGUAGUGGGAGCGAUCCGCGACACAUGGCUUAUCCUCCAGCUCUGGGACCUCAGGCUCAGGCAUCCAUUUCCCUUCACGCCCCGUUGCCCCAGCCAUCGCAGCUCUCCAUUUCACCCGGCCAAGGACCCCCGCCUCAGCUGCCGCCCAUUCUCCAACCUGAGCUCCCUGGACAAAACCCUCACCAGCAUCCGCGGAUAUUAGCGCCCGAUAACCCCCCGGCCCGCGUCUUCAAGCUCCAGUUCGAUGCGCGCAAGAUCAUCUGCUGCAGCCAGGCGCCAGUCAUUGUGGGAUGGGACUUUUGCAACGGUGACCCUGAGCUCGAGGAGGUGGCUCGCUUCUUUGCGGCGAUUGAUUGA